UACGCGGCUGAUGCUCUGGAGUGUAAGGAUGCACAAACUUCCUAAUGCACCCUCAUUUCCUUCUCGAGAGAUCCUUUUACUGAAAUGCUCUUUUGAAUGCUGGUUGGGUGCCAGGCACAUAGACUAACAGUGGACACUGUCAGACAGACAAGAUUUAGAAGUUACAGAGGAGAGAAAGGGACUCCUCUGAUGGAAGUUGAAGCUGUCCCAUUUGAUGCAGUUCUUUCCUUUUUUAUACCCAUAUUAACUUCUUUUUGGAUACUUUUGGAGAAAGUGGACCUGGACAAUGUGUGCGACACCAAAAUGGCACUGAUUGAAAACUGCAGGACUUAUCAAUCGCCCAAGGACACUGGAUGUGCACAGAGUUGCUCUUCGGAUGUGGUUGAACUCAAUGUAGGUGGACAGGUGUACUACACGCGCCAUGCCACGCUCACAAGCGUGCCAAAUUCACUGCUGGGAAAACUAUUCUCCAAUAAAAAGGACACCUCUAACGACUUGGCCCGGGACAUCAAGGGACGCUACUUCAUCGACAGGGACGGAUUUCUCUUUCGUUACGUGUUGGACUAUCUUCGAGACAAGACCGUCGUCCUGCCCGAUUAUUUCCCGGAGAAAGGGAGACUAAAAAGGGAGGCUGAGUUCUUCCAGUUGCCCGAGCUCGUUAAAAUCUUAAACCCAGACGAUAAUGUCCACAGCGAUUUUGACGACGCAUCCCAGGGAAGCGAUCAGAGAUUGUACCCAACGUCUUACCUGGACGCACGCGAUAGGCGCUACGGCUUCAUCACGGUGGGAUACAAGAGCUCGUGCACAUUCGGGAGGGACAACGAUCCAAAAGCUCGAGUAAUACCCAAAAUAUUCAUUUGCGGACGGGUCGGUCUAGCCAGAGAAGUUUUCGGUGACACGUUAAACGAAAGCAGGGAUCCCGACAGGCCACUGGAGCGAUACACGUCUCAGUUUUACCUCAAGUUUCGCCACCUGGAGCGCGCGUUUGAUAUUCUCGCUGAGAGCGGUUUCCACAUCGUCGCGUGCAAUUCAUCACUCACCACAUCUCCUCACAAUAGACAAACAGACGACAAAUUCUGGUCAAACAACACAGAGUAUGUCUUCUACCGUGGUCCAUCUGUAUGGUCUUCUUCUCACUGCGACUGCUGCUGCAAGAGUCACAAGAGCGAACGCGGGGGCGAGAGCGGCACAUCCCUCAACGACCUCUCCACUUCCUGUUCCGAGACCCAAUCGGAGGCCAGCUCACCCCAGGAAACGGUCAUUGUUCGUCCAGUCGCCCGCCAGCCCAACAUCCAGACUCUGGACCGUCCGGUGAAAAAGGGUCCGACCCCAAUUCCCAGGAGAACUGACCUGGUUCGCGUCCGCACCACAGGGCCGCGUGAUAUCAUGGCGGGAAAGAGGAAACCAGCCAAGGAGAAGCUGACCACGGAGCAGGAGCUGGAGAAAUGCAUCCAGGAUUUCCGACGGAUUAAAAUUCCAGAGCGCUUUCCGGAGAGGAAGUACAUGUGGCAAUCAGAGCUCUUGAAAAAAUAUAAACUUUAAAAUGACUCACUGAGUCUAUUAGACAACACAACAAAACUCCAGUGCAUAAGAUGACAUUAUAAUUCUUUAUCUGCUUGGAUGUAAUUGGCUCGUCUUUGUGUGCAAAGCAUCCAAAAUUAGGAUUCAUAACAGGACGGGUUCAGUUUUGCCACAAAGCACAAUGACACCAAACUCAAAACUAAUUUUACAGUGUCUAGACAACACAAACCUCUCAAUUACAUAUUAUAUUGUACAGUAUGUAUACAACAUAAGCACAACAGCAUAUUAACCAGUAAUGCACUUUCGCACAGUGUAUACACAAUACUUCAGUGCAGCAGGAUUCCUAUGUGAAUGUGUUUUGCAUCUGGUCAGUAAUGGUUAAUAUUAACACAAAUAUACCCUUUAUUUAAAGACUUAAAUACAGUAAAAUGAGUGCAGUAUUCCCACAGUAAACAAAAGACAAUGCAUGUUCUUUCACUCCGUUUAGUUUGUGUUCACUUUUACCUUAAUCCGACUAAAGUGAUCAAACACACGAGAGAGGUUCAAAAUAAAAUAUUAGCUUCUUGUGUAUGUGAAUAUUUGUGCAGAGACCGUUGUUGUGCCUGUUGUGGGUAUCCUGAAUUUCUUUUGUUCUGAAUGUGCAACGAAUCAUUAAAUGAACUGAGUUUAAAAUAC